AUGAAAGCCUCAGGCUUGAUUGCCGGCGUGUCCGCCACCACGGUGGCCGCUACCUCCCUAGCCGACGUCUACACGACCUCCCACUACUGGCUGCCCAGCCCGACCAACUUCCAAAAGCGCUUCCUUGCUACCGGCAGUAUGGCAUAUGCCAUCAAUGGUGGCACUGGCUCGCUUCCUGGUGGUGUCAUGUACGGUGCGGUUGCCGGUAUCACGGACGGUGGCUUUGGUGCGUUUGAUAACUCGCUUGAUACCGUGUUCCUGCUAGCCAAUGGGACUAUCAACUACGAGGCGCUAUAUAUGAUGGGAUACCGUGGUAUCGGGGGGAUUACUAUGAUCGGGAAGGAGUUUGCCAAGGGCUUUUACGACAUGGGCGAUGAUAAAGUCUACGCGUACUACCAGGGUUGCUCGGAAGGUGGUCGUGUCUAUGAUGACAUUAUCCCCGGUGCCCCGGCGAUUCGCUACGGUCAGGAACAAGCUAAUCACCUGUACUCCAAUGUCGUGGAGAAGACGCUGGACUACUACCCGCCUUCCUGCGAACUCGAACGUAUCGCCAACGCCACUAUUUCCGCCUGCGAUCCCCUCGACGGCAAAAAGGAUGGCGUGGUAGCCCGGACGGAUAUCUGCAAGUUGUAUUUCAACGUCAACUCCACCAUCGGCCUGGGCUUCGGCAAGGGCAAGCGCCAGAUGGGUAUGGGCUCUAGCGCACCCGCCAUCAACGGUACUGUCUCUGCGAAGGGCGCGGUAGUGGCGCAGACCAUCAUGGACAGUCUGCAUAAUUCCAAGGGUCGUCGCGCGUAUAUCUCCUACCAGCCCUCGUCUUCUUUCUCGGAUGCUGAAACGAGCUAUAGCUCCGUGACGGACUCAUACGAGUUGAGCAUCGCUUCGACCGGUGGUGAAUGGAUCACUCGAUUCCUGGAGCUCCGUGAGACAGAUAAUCUUUCUACCCUGGACAACGUGGCAUACGAUAGCCUGCGUGACUGGAUGGAGCUCGGCUGGAAGCGCUAUGAAGAUGUUCUCCAGACUACCUGGGCUGAUCUAUCCAAGUUCCAGUCUGCCGGCGGCAAGAUCCUUACUUUCCACGGUGAAUCCGAUCAAAGCAUUCCCACGGGUUCUUCAGCCCACUUCUACGAAUCCGUCCGCGACAUCAUGUACCCGAACAUGAAGUACAAUGAGUCCACCACUUCCAUGGGUGACUGGUACAGCCUCUUUCUUGUUCCGACGAACCUUGCUGUCAUGAUCAAUUGGGUCGAGAAUGGGGUUACUUUUCAGACGCUCAAUGCGACCCAUUUGGCGGGUGAGUAUGAGGGGCAGAAUGCGCAGUUGUGUGCCUGGCCAUUGCGGUCGUACUGGGCUGAUGGUGAGAGGAUGGAACGUGUGUAUGAUCAGGCGUCUAUCAAUACGUGGAAGUAUGACUUUGGUGCGUAUGAUAUGCCGUUGUACUAAGCUGGAGGUUCGCGUAUUGAGGGGGGUGGUAUAUCUUAGUUGGUAGAUAGCAUGUCGCUCGCUUAAACUCUGUUAUCUGGAUAUUUCUAUUGAGUCUACCAAGUCAAGUCUAUACUCUGCAAGUGCCCUAGGCAGUUUAUAUCAGAUAAGAUAACCGUCCGAUCUCGUCCUGGCACAACCUUGGCUUUUGGUCAUUCCCAAAGGGGUAAUUGACAAGGAUAACGGUUAUCGACUCGAUAUAAAGCAAUUCGGGCGUUAUAAAAGAGUGCAUACAUUUUCAGAUAGGGCUACACUAAUGU